CGCCAACAUUAUGCCCUGACUGCUCCGCCCACAACUGUCCAACAUUCUUUCCUCGUUCUUUGUACCGCCUAGCGAUGGCUCCAAGCGAUAAAGCGGCUGCGAUCCCAGCCUGGCAGCGCGCCACCUCGUUGCCUGGCGCAGAAGACGUGAAGGCGGCACCCGAGCCACAACCAAAGGGCGCGGACGAGAAGGAGCCUACUCACGAGACGUCGAGGUCGGAAGCGUCAAAUAGCGAGGAUGAUAUGAAUGCACUGCGCGAGCAGGCCCGUAAGUUUUUGAGCGAUCCCAGCAUCAAAGAUGCCUCACGGGAACGGAAGGUCGCCUUCUUGGAGUCGAAAGGAUUGAAGAAAGAAGAGAUUGAAUUGCUACUGAGCUCCCAGCCCGCACCGGGCCAACAGCCAGCUACAUCCUCUGCACCAGCACAGCCCGCCCGCGAUGUGCCACCCGUCGUCACAUAUCCUGAGUUUCUCGUUCAGCCGCAAGAACCACCACCGCUGGUGACGAAGAGCUUGAUUUGGAACACUGCAUAUGCCGCAGCAGGACUAUACGGAACUCUCUAUGCGCUCUCCAAGUAUAUCAUCAACCCCAUGCAAGCCCAGCUCUCGGAUGCCCGUCACGAAUUCUUCACUCACUCGACCAACCAACUGGACGCCAUGAACUCCAAGCUCUCGUCUCUCGUGUCCACGGUGCCACCGUCACGGCCAGGAACCGCGCUGAAGAUGAGCAGAGACGACGUCGACGAUGCGUCGCAGACGAGCGACCCGACAGAGCUCUUCCAUCGUGACUUCGGCACGCAGACAUCGCCGUCCCUUUCGCGCCGCAACUCACUCACCUCUGCCGCCGGUGCUGACGACGACGCCACAAAGCCCUCGCCGACAGAGCGGGCCGAAGCCAAGCUCAAGUCCAUCAGCGCGCAUCUCAGGGAGCUGACGGCCUCGUCGGAAGAGAUGACGGACAAGGACGAUGUCUCGAAGCAGCUCUCCGAGCUGAUCGCCAAGCUGAACGAGAUGGCGUAUGCGAACAGCAGCUACUACAAGUUCAACCCGGGCGUGGCGGGCUACGGCUGGGCCAGUGCGGAGAAGGCGCAGGACGACGAGAUCGAGCGCCUGGUCAAGGACAUCAAGGCACUGAAGGGCAAGUUUCUGGGUGUGAGGAACUUCCCCAGAGCUGGCAUGCGGUAGGCGGAACGAAUGAGGACCUCCCCUCGACCUUUGGCUCACGGAUCGCUUCGACUGCAAGAGCACCUCCUUUUACCCAAUUCGAACGUCAUCUACCGUGGACUUCUGGCGCCGUUUCCGCCCCGAACGUGCUCGGUCGGCUUGGCUUUGCUUGCUUUCGACUUCGCGUGGGGAGGGCCGUCCUGGAGCGAGGAGUUGUUGAUAGGACGCAGGAUCUUGCGAAUCGGAGAACCUCCUCCGUCUUGAUUGAUAUCUCGAAUCGCUCAAUCGGCCUGGAUGAAAGCGACGGUGGUCGCCGGGCCAUUCGGCAACCCCCUUUUUGUGGCACAGGUUUUGCUGUUGACUAUGUAAGAUAACGAGGUUGCGGCGAUGUAUGACGUCGAAACUAGCGGGUGCGAUCCUGAGAGGACUACGACAAACGCAUAUUGGCCGUUAUAAAACGUGACACUCGAUUUUCCUCUGUCGAUACGUACUAGAGCUCACGCACUACGUCAUGUAAGGAGGUACGAAUCACCGCUAAAUUUCUUCAUACGGCGAAACGAGAAGGAUACAGUGAAUAUGUGAUCGCUUAUCUGCAACAUUAAAACAAGAAAGUUGCACCUGUAAGAUACCAAUCGCAUGGAAUAGCUUCUAAUGAAACACUUUACUUCGCUUCUCCUUUCAUGGAAGAGGACGGAUGCAUUACAAGAAUCAUUAAUCGCUAUCCUUUGAUUUGCACACUAGUUUCGAC